AUGGCGCUGAACUAUUCCAAGUUUGACCACUUGGUCGAUUCUGAUGAUGAGAAGCCAGAUCCCAAGGCAUCGGCUGCAGAAGCGCGACGCAGAAUGUUUGAGGAGAUGCAACAGAAGAUUGAGGUGCCCGAGCGGGUUGACAAGCCCGCGCAUCAGACGGAUCGCUUCUCCUACGUCGAGGGCGACUGCAGCGACGCCGCGCGCGAACUGCUGAAGCGCUGCUGCUGCCAGGCGCCCAGCGUCAAGGUGGGCAAUGGGAUUCUCUCUGUGACGCUUGUGGAGAAGGUCGAGGGUGAGGCUUCUAUGUUCCAGGUCCGAGGUCAGAUGAGACACACCUGGGACUUGAGCGUGAAGUUGAGAUGGACCUACCAGUGGAUGGGCUCCAACUUCGACGCGGGCGCCCAACGCGCUGAGGGACACCUGGCCGUCGUCGACUUCACCGACGCCACGACGCUCACGGGCGAGAAGAGCCCUCCGCUCCUGCGCAAGAAUUGGCUGGAUAAAGGAACGCUUGAGCUGCCCAGACAGAAGGAAGUUGAGAAGGCCCUUGGAGGUAAGCCUUGGCCUCCAGAGAAGGGCACACUCUUAGCCAGUGUGGUGGCUGCUUUGGAG